AAAAGUAUGAACCGGAACAUUGCGAACUGUACCGGGUCUGAAUCGACUAGAAUAGGUGUUUGGCGCCACUAGCCUCUGCUGUGAGUUGUGAGCGUUGAAUGCAAAUUUCAGUUCUCAAUAGCGCUCUGAGAGAUACACGACGAAGAGAGAGAGUUUUUGUUUUAGCAUUGUGACCUAAGAAUGGCGGAGAUGACCUAUCCCAUGGACAUCGACAGCGACGACAAGGGCAAAAGUGUCGUCGUCGCCGCCAACCCUCCCCCCGCCGCCGCCGCCAAGGCCAUUCCCUGGGUCGAGAAAUACCGCCCUCAGUCCCUCGACGACGUCGCCGCCCACCGUGACAUUGUCGAUACAAUUGAUAGGCUGACUACCGAGAACAGGUUGCCGCAUCUUCUACUGUAUGGCCCUCCUGGAACUGGCAAAACAUCAACGAUUCUCGCUGUGGCGCGCAAACUGUAUGGUUCACAGUUCCACAAUAUGAUUUUGGAGCUCAAUGCGUCAGAUGAUAGAGGAAUUGAUGUCGUGCGACAACAGAUUCAAGAGUUCGCUAGCACUCAGAGCUUGUCAUUUGGUGUUAAGUCCUCUGUAAAAUUGGUAUUGUUAGAUGAAGCGGAUGCCAUGACGAAGGAAGCCCAAUUUGCAUUACGUAGAGUGAUUGAGAAAUAUACAAAAAGCACUAGGUUUGCACUUAUCUGUAAUCAUGUGAACAAGAUUAUUCCUGCACUUCAAUCUAGAUGCACUCGGUUCCGGUUUGCCCCUCUUGACGCUGUCCAUGUCACUGAAAGACUGAAACAUGUUAUUAAGGCUGAAGGGCUUGAUGUUCAAGAGAGUGGCUUAGCAGCUCUUGUUCGAUUGAGCAAUGGUGACAUGAGAAAGGCUUUGAAUAUUCUUCAGUCAACACAUAUGGCUUCUGAGCAGAUAACAGAAGAAGCUGUUUACCUGUGCACUGGAAACCCAUUGCCCAAAGACAUCGAGCAAAUAUCUUACUGGCUUCUAAAUGAACAAUUUGCAGAUAGCUUUCAAAGAAUAAAUGAAAUGAAGACAAGGAAAGGGUUGGCCGUAAUUGAUAUUGUCAGGGAAGUAACAAUGUUUGUUUUUAAGAUUAAGAUGCCUUCAGCUGUUCGAGUACAGUUGAUGAAUGAUUUAGCAGACAUAGAGUACAGAUUAAGUUUUGGGUGCAACGAUAAGCUUCAGCUUGGAUCGGUUAUUGCUUCUUUUACACGUGCUAGAUCUGCACUGGUUGCAGCUGCUACUUAACCUACUUCCGAAUUUGUUGGAUGAAAUUGCUUUCACAUUCUAUUAGGCUUAACCUGUUUCAUUUCCCUGGCGAUGUCACUAUUGAGAAUGGGAUUGAGAGGAUCUCAAUUUGUGUAAAGAAAGUAAAGUAACUGUCGUAUGUCCCCCUUUUUAACUUAAGAUGAGUUUUAAACUUUCAAAUACCUUCACAAAAUUCUGAAGUAGGACAUUUUUUAAAAAAAAUUUACUUCAUAUUUACUGCUAUUUUAGAUGACAAUGUAAGGUUUGAAAGUUAAGAUCAAUUAGCCGUUCACGCAA